AUUUGAUGUGACGUUACAAAUGAGAGGGACCCGGAGAGAGUAGCCGCAACAUCGAAAUAAGUGAAAAUUUCUGUGGGGAAACUCUUCAAUAUUUAACAAAAAAAAACACACAAGAUUCAAAUGUAGUAGAAGCACACAAAAGAAUAUUAAUGAAAAUAAACAGUGAAAAGGAAAGAAAUUGGCUCAAUGCAAACAAAAGUACAACUUGAAGUAGUGGAAACCAGUUACAACACAACGACUCCUGCAUAUGAGCUGCUGUGCAAACAACAACAACACAACACGUCAAAGUAGAACAAAAAGGAAAGGAGGCACGUCUUACAGAAGAAAGAAGCUGCCACUGCUGCUGGAAGUGACACUGUAAUGUUGAACAAUAUGGUGUUGGCGUUCAAAGAAUAUUGAAAAGAGGCAACAAAACGGAAGCAAACAAUUAAUAUUCUCUUUUGGGGAAAAAGUGAAUUUUGUUCAGAAAGAUCAAGAAAGGGGACAGGGAAAAGGUACACAGGCUGCUGCUGCCACCAAACAAACGACUGACCGACUGAUUGAAACAACACAAAAUACCUACAGAGAGGCUGCUGUGUUGUGUGGCGCGUGUGGCAUUCAUCAGCAUAUUUCAUUAUAAAGUAAACAAUACUCAAAUCAACACAAAAUACUACUAUACAGAUUUCAAUCGAAUAAUUUAAAUAAUAUUGUUUUGGCUGAAAAAAAGAGAUACAUAUCUGAAGAGCAAGAGCAAAGGAACCAAUAUACAUUUGGAUAUAUGUAAACAAACAUUUCGGAAGGCAAGGCAAUUAGUACGAAUUGAGUGGGCCACUAAUCAACAAGAGCAGCUAAGGAAAACAAAAUCUUCAAAUCUCCAAUGGAACAGGAAUCGCUAACCGAAAGUCUACUACAGAAACGUGCGGCAGCCAUAACAACGCAAAAUAAUGGUUCACCGCCAACCGAAACGGCGGAGGCCACGACAACUGCAAAUGGCAAAAUAUCCACCAGUCAUCACAACCAUGCAAAUCAUCAUGACAAAUCCAGUACCACAAAUCUCUCGACAUCAGCAAAUCUCUCAACCACCGGCACUUUUAUGAAAUUGAAAACCUAUUUGCUAGCCUUACGGCCCUGGUCGCUGUCGGCCAGUUUGGUGCCUACCCUUUUGGGUUCAGCGUUGGCCUUUCGUUCACAAUGGUCCGCCGAUUUCUCCUUCAUCACCCUCUUCCUAACGAUUUUCACCGUAGUCACUGUCCACUGUGCCGGCAAUGUGGUCAAUACUUAUUUUGAUUUCAUCAAAGGAAUUGAUAAACAAAAGGCUGAUGAUCGUACAUUAGUGGAUCACAUUUUAACAAAAGAUGAGGUUGUUUCACUUGGUGCUAUUCUGUAUAUGGCUGGUUGCGUUGGCUUCAUUUGUUUGGCAGUAUUGAGUCCAGCUAAAAUGGAACACUUGGCCCUCAUAUACUUUGGUGGACUUUCGUCGAGUUUCCUAUACACCGGAGGUAUUGGUUUCAAAUAUAUCGCUCUGGGCGAUUUAGUAAUACUGAUAUGGUUUGGACCCAUAUCAGUGCUGUUUGCAUUCAUGUCACAAACGGGUCAUGUGGAUUGGACCACUAUCUAUUAUGCCAUACCAUUAGCAUUAAACACUGAGGCGAUUUUGCACAGUAACAAUACACGUGAUGUGGAAAAUGAUCGUAAAGCUGGCAUUGUCACCUUGGCCAUAUUAAUAGGACGUACAGCAUCCCAUGUGCUCUACGCCUUGCUGCUGUUUACACCGUAUAGCGUUUUUGUCGUUUACGCUAUGAAAUAUUCUGUAUGGUUUUUGUUGCCUUUGAUAACUGUGCCGCAGGCGUUUCGCAUUGAAAAACAGUUCCGCAAUGAACAGACAAUGAAUAAUGUGCCCAGGCAGACGGCAAAGCUGAAUUUCUUCUUUGGCAUUUUGUAUGUGGUGGCCUGUUGUUGUGCCACACAUUUGCCCAGUUUAAGUUAUAAUACGAAACAUUGAAAGGAGCAGAAGAAGAAGGAGAAGAAUUUGAAUUGUUUUGUUUCUUUUUAGGGUUUUCAAACAAAUUCUCAAUGCAGCAUUAUACACAAAAGAAAAAAUCAAAUAAAAAUGGAAAAAACAUACUUAAAUGAAAAUGAUAUGAUCAAAACUUACAAAACAUACAUGCAUACAUAUGUCAAAUUCGUUGCAUAAUUAAUAACUUUUUUGUACUGUUUUAAAAUACAAAUGCAUAUUAAUUAAUAAUAACAAAAACAAACAAACAACCAUUUUGUAAAUCUAUAAAUACCUACAACAUUUUUGUUACAAGAAAUAGAAAAACUCCCACUAGGAAAACAAAAAAGAAAGUAAAGUAAAUUAAAUUAAACGAAAUAUCAUAAACUAAAUACAUACAUUACUAAAAAAUAACUUUAGUAAAAAAAAAACAAAACAAAUGAAAACAACAAACAUAUUAGGGAAUUUUUUUUUAAACAAAAAGUUUUGUAGCGUCAGUAGAAAAACGAAAAAGAAAACGUCUCAAUAACCCCCCUAAAUGAUGAUGAUGAUGAUGUUUUUCUUUCAUAUAGUGAGAAAAUGAAAACAAAAGUAAAUGAAAUACAUAUUGUAUUGAAUAUAUGUAGGUGUAUAUUUUUAUAAGUUCCCCCCUCCAUUACAUACAUAUAUACAUAUUUUUUAUUUUUAUUAAUAUUAUUAUUUUAAACAUAUUUUUCUCUUAUUUUUUGUGUUUCAUUAAAUAUCAUUAUUUUAUUGCUUAUUUAAAAGAAAAGAACAACUCCCGGCAAACAAAUGCUUUUGUUUUUGUGUUAAACAACAAUCAUUUGGCAACUCAAGUGACCAAGAACAAUAACAACAACAAACAUUUAUAGUGUGCAAUAAAGGAAAAUAUAUUUCAAAAAGA